AUGUCUGCGUAUGACCACGCGAAAGUUGCCCAAUUCAUCGGCGGAAAUACCCUAGAGAGAGCACCCUCUGGCAAUGUUUCUGACUUCGUGAAGAGUCACGGAGGCCAUACCGUUAUCACAAAAGUUCUGAUUGCCAACAACGGUAUUGCUGCUGUCAAAGAAAUUCGCUCUAUUAGACAAUGGAGUUACGAGACAUUUGGGACGGAGCGCGCAGUCGAGUUCACCGUCUUGGCGACCCCCGAAGACUUGAAGGUGAACGCGGAAUACAUUCGUAUGGCCGAUCGGUACGUCGAGGUGCCAGGAGGGACGAACAACAACAACUACGCGAACGUUGACUUGAUCGUCGAUGUCGCAGAACGUGCGGGCGUGCACGCCGUCUGGGCAGGGUGGGGUCACGCGUCGGAGAAUCCGCGUCUGCCGGAAAGCCUGGCGGCGAACAAGAUCGUCUUCAUUGGACCACCGGGGAGCGCCAUGAGAAGUCUCGGCGACAAGAUUUCCAGUACGAUCGUCGCGCAGAGUGCUGACGUGCCCACCAUGGCGUGGUCUGGGUCGGGAAUUACGAAGACGACGCUGUCCGAGCAGGGCUUCGUUACCGUGCCAGACGACGCGUAUCAGCAGGCGUGCGUGACGACGGUCGAGGAUGGGAAGGCGAAGGCGGAGCAGAUCGGGUAUCCCGUGAUGAUCAAAGCUAGCGAGGGCGGUGGAGGCAAGGGUAUACGUAUGGUCGCGGCUCCGGAAGGAUUCAAGAACGCGUUUACCGCGGUCGCUGGUGAGAUCCCAGGUUCUCCCAUCUUCAUUAUGAAGCUUGCUGGGCAGGCUCGGCAUCUGGAAGUGCAGCUUCUCGCCGAUCAGUAUGGCAACGCUAUUUCUCUGUUCGGUCGUGACUGUUCGGUGCAGCGCCGUCACCAGAAGAUCAUUGAAGAAGCGCCGGUAACGAUUGCGAAGCACGAUACGUUUGAAGAAAUGGAGCGUGCUGCUGUGCGCUUGGCCAAGCUCGUGGGCUACGUCAGUGCCGGAACCGUUGAGUACCUAUACAGCCAUGCAGAGGACGUCUUCCACUUCCUCGAGUUGAACCCUCGUCUGCAGGUCGAGCAUCCGACGACGGAGAUGGUCUCCGGAGUGAAUUUACCUGCAGCACAGCUCCAGGUCGCGAUGGGUAUUCCGCUCCACCGUAUUCGGCACAUUCGGCAGCUCUAUGGCGUAGCACCGAACGGGACGUCUGAGAUCGACUUUGAUAUGAAGAACCCCGACUCGAGCCAGGUGCAGAGGAAGCCUCAGCCGAAAGGUCACGUUGUUGCCGUGCGUAUCACAGCCGAAAAUCCUGAUGCUGGAUUCAAGCCAUCGUCUGGAUCGCUGCAAGAGCUCAAUUUCCGGUCAAGCACCAACGUCUGGGGCUACUUCUCUGUCGGUUCUACUGGCGGUCUGCACGAGUUUGCUGACUCUCAGUUUGGACACAUUUUUGCCUACGGCGAGGAUCGCGGGGAGAGUCGUAAGAACAUGGUCGUUGCCCUGAAGGAGCUCAGCAUUCGCGGUGAUUUCCGUACCACUGUCGAAUAUCUCAUCAAGCUUCUUGAGCUGCAGGCAUUCGAGGAGAACACGAUUACUACUGGCUGGUUGGACUCGCUCAUCAGUGGCAAGCUGACGGCAGAACGCCCAGAUACUAGUCUGGCUGUGAUCUGUGGUGCCGUGACGAAGGCUCAUAUGGCGUCUGAGGCGUCAUGGUCUGAGUACAAGCGUAUCUUGGACAAAGGUCAGGUACCGUCUCGUGACAUCUUGAAGACAGUCUUCGGCAUCGACUUCAUUUACGAUAACGUGCGGUACUCUUUCACAGCAACACCUUCUUCCCUCACUACAUGGACGUUGUAUUUGAACGGUGGUCGCACGUUGGUGGGCGCUCGCCCUUUGGCAGAUGGUGGCUUGCUGGUCUCCCUGGACGGGAAGAGUCACUCCAUCUAUUGGAGAGAAGAUGUGGGCGCUCUGAGACUGAUGGUCGACUCCAAGACCUGCCUGAUUGAGCAAGAGAACGAUCCCACUCAGCUUAGGAGCCCUAGUCCUGGGAAGCUUGUCCGUUUCUUGGUCGACAGUGGCGACCACAUUGGUGCUGGAGAACCCUAUGCCGAGAUUGAGGUUAUGAAGAUGUACAUGCCUUUGGUCGCUUCCGAGGAUGGUAUUGUGCAGUUCGUGAAGCAACCAGGAAUUAGCCUUGAACCUGGCGACAUUCUUGGUAUCCUUACCCUCGACGACCCUGCCCGUGUCAGGCACGCGAAGCCUUUUGAGGGUCUGCUUCCAGCUCUAGGUACUCCAAGCGUCAUCGGCAACAAGCCUCACCAGCGCCUCCGCUAUUACCUUAACAUCUUGAACGACAUCUUGGACGGUUUCGAUAACCAAGCUAUCAUGGCGGCGACAUUCAAGGACUUUGUCGCAGUUCUAGAGAACCCCGAGCUUCCUUUCUCUGAGGUCUUGGCCAUUCUGUCAUCCCUGUCGGGACGUAUGCCGACCAAGUUAGAAGAGGCUGUUCGUGCGGCAAUCGAGACCGCACAUGCGAAGGGAGACGCAGCUGAGUUCCCCGGCGUCCGGAUUAAGAGACUUCUCGAACAUUUCAUGGAGGACAACAUCCGCGCACAAGAUCGGCCCAUGUUCCGCACACAGCUGGGCCCGUUGUUCGAUAUUGUGGAUCGUUAUCAGGGUGGAUUGAAGGCUCAUGAAACCAGCAUGGUUGCUGGGCUGCUGGCUCGUUACGAAGAGGCGGAGAAGCUGUUCGGAGGCAGCAUCGAGGCACGCGUGCUUACACUCCGAGAACAACACAAGGAUGAUCUCGACAAAGUCGUGUCGCUGGUCCUUAGCCACAUCAUGGCGCAUCGUAAGGGACGACUCAUCAUGAUGAUCUUGGAUCAUAUCAAAGGUCAUUCUUCGUCAGUGUCCAACCCAGAGAGUAAACUCCAUCAAGUCUUGCAAGGGCUCGCUGCACUCGAGGCUAGAUCGUCUGCGCAGGUUGCUCUGAAGGCUCGCGAGGUGCUCAUUUCGUGCCAGAUGCCAUCAUAUGAUGACCGCAAGGUACAAAUGGAGGGCAUCCUCAACGCUUCUGUUACGAACAGCUUCUAUGGAGAGCAGGGAAGCGGAAUCAAGACGCCAUCUGCGGACGUACUGAGGGAGCUCAUUGAUUCCAGACAUACCGUGUACGAUGUCUUGCCGACAUUCUUCAACUACGCUGACCCAUGGGUCACACUUGCUGCAUUUGAGGUCUACGUAAGGCGUGCGUACAAGGCUUACACGUUGCUUUCCGUCGACUACGAGGAAGGCGAUGGUCUGGACGACGGUGAUGGUCCAAACGUCGUGACUUGGCGAUUCAACCUCCCUCAGUCCCACUCGCCUCCUACCACGCCUCAUCUUGAGCAGUCACGCAGACAAGCCUCAGUGAGUGACCUUACGUACAUGAUCGCUCGACACCAGAAGCAGCCCCUGCGACAUGGUGCCAUUGCAUCCUUCCCCAACUUUGCAGCCCUUUCGCGGGGAUUCGAUAAGGUUGCCGGCGCGUUGCCCUUGUUCGAUAUCCACGAGUACCGCCAACGCUACGGCGACAACGACCAGUCGCCUAACGUGCUGAACAUGGCGUUGCGCAUCUUCAACCCUACUGAUGACAUGUCGGAGGAUACAUGGUAUCAAAAUAUUCACGCAUUGGUGAACGAGAGGAAGGACAUUUUGGCCCGCCGCGGCAUCCGCCGUGCUUCGGUCCUCUUGUGCAAACCAGGACUAUACCCGCUCUACUUCACGUUCCGCGAUGUGGGAUCCUCUUGGGAGGAAGAGCAGGCAAUUCGUCACAUUGAACCUGCCCUCGCGUUCCAGUUGGAACUUACUCGGUUGUCGAAUUACAACCUCACGCCAUGCUUUACCGAGAGCAAGCAGAUACAUAUUUACCACGCAGUCGCUCGCGAGAACCAGUUGGACAGCAGAUUCUUCAUUCGGGCUUUGGUGCGGCCAGGUCGUAUCAAGGGCGACAUUAAUACAGCUCAAUACCUGAUCUCUGAGACAGAUCGCCUUGUCACAAGUAUUCUGGACGCGUUGGUGGUUGUGUCGGCUCAAUACAAGAAUGCCGAUAUGAAUCACAUCUUCAUGAACUUCAUCUACAAUCUUCCAGUCACCUAUGAGGACGUGCUCACAGCUAUCUCCGGCUUCAUCGAGCGACAUGGCAAGAGGCUAUGGCGUCUACAUGUCACCGCGUCUGAGAUUCGCAUGGUUCUGGAGGACAGCGAGGGCAAUGUAACCCCGAUCCGCUGUAUCAUAGAGAACGUGUCAGGCUUCAUUGUCAACUACCACGGGUAUCAAGAGAUCACGACUGACAAGGGUAUCACAAUCCUCAAGUCGAUUGGCGAGAAAGGCCCUCUCCAUCUGCAGCCCGUCCACCAACCAUACCCCACUAAGGAGUCGUUGCAACCGAAGCGCUACCAGGCCCACCUCAUUGGUACUACCUAUGCUUACGACUUCCCCGAUCUCUUCUCAAAAGCCUUGAGCAACGUGUGGGUUAAAGCUCGCGAUCGCAACCCUUCCCUGUCGUUGCCCAAGAGGGUGCUGGAGCCCAAAGAACUCGUCUUAGAUGAGAACGAUCAAUUGCAGGAAGUCGACCGAGCGCCGGGCAACAAUACCUGUGGUAUGGUAGGAUGGGUCUUCACCAUGCGGACGCCCGAGUAUCAAAGUGGUCGUCGUGUCGUUGUGAUCGCCAACGAUAUCACAUACAAGAUUGGUUCCUUCGGACCUCAGGAGGACCAGUUCUUCUAUCUGGCCUCGCAAUAUGCACGCGAACAUGGUCUGCCUCGCAUUUACCUUUCUGCGAACUCAGGUGCUCGUAUCGGCUUGGGUGAAGAAGCGAUGAAUAUGUUCUCAUGUGCUUGGAACGACCCAAAUCAUCCAGAGAAGGGCUUCGACUAUCUCUACCUCACACACGAGAGUUUCCUCAAGUUGCAAGAAAAGGCUGCGGGUGCUGUGCGCACGGUCGAGAUUGAGGUCGAUGGCGAAGUUCGUCAUAAGAUCACCGACAUUAUCGGCCUUCAAGAUGGUCUUGGUGUUGAAUGCUUGAAAGGAUCAGGUUUGAUUGCUGGUGAAACCUCUCGUGCGUACGACGAUAUCUUCACAAUCACACUCGUUACCGCCCGUUCCGUCGGUAUCGGCGCCUAUCUCGUUCGUCUUGGUGAACGCGCUGUCCAGGUGGAAGGUCAACCAAUCAUCCUCACUGGUGCCCCUGCUCUGAAUAAGGUCCUUGGACGUGAGGUCUACACGUCCAAUCUGCAGCUUGGUGGUACCCAGAUCAUGUACAAAAACGGUGUCUCCCAUCUUACCGCGAGUAGUGACUUGGAAGGUGCUACGCACAUCCUUGAGUGGUUGUCGUAUGUGCCUGAGGUUAAAGGUGGACCCCUACCCAUUCUCGAUUCAGUUGACUCAUGGGACCGCGAUAUCGCCUACACCCCACCCAAGGGCCCAUACGAUCCGAGGUGGUUCAUUGGAGGCAAGACAGACGAGUCUACUUCAGAGUGGAUGUCUGGCUUCUUCGACAAGGGUUCGUUCCAGGAGACGUUGAGUGGUUGGGCUCAGACAGUUGUCGUCGGACGUGCUCGUCUUGGAGGCAUCCCCAUGGGUGUCAUUGCGGUUGAGACGCGCACCAUCGAGCGUGUGACUCCUGCUGACCCUGCCAAUCCUACUUCGUUCGAGCAGCGUAUCAUGGAGGCCGGCCAAGUUUGGUACCCGAACUCAGCUUACAAGACUGCUCAGGCCAUCUUCGAUUUCAACCGGGAAGGCUUACCGCUGAUCGUUUUCGCCAACUGGCGUGGGUUCUCCGGUGGGCAGCAGGACAUGUAUGAUGAAAUUCUGAAGCAAGGCUCGAAAAUCGUCGAUGGUCUGUCGAGCUACAAGCAGCCAGUGUUCGUCUACAUUGUUCCCAAUGGCGAAUUACGUGGUGGCGCCUGGGUAGUGCUCGACCCCUCCAUCAACUCUGAGCAAAUGGAGAUGUACGCUGAUGUCGACGCUCGCGCCGGUGUCCUUGAGCCGGAGGGUAUUGUUGAGAUCAAGAUGCGUCGUGAUAAGAUCCUAAAGCUCAUGGAACGGAUGGAUUCCACGUAUGCUUCGCUCAAAAAAGAUAGCGCAGAUUCUACGAAGGAGGAGGAGGAGCGCACAGCCGCUCUUGACGCUAUGUCUGACAGAGAGUCGCUCUUGCAACCCACUUACAAGCAGAUCGCUCUUCUAUACGCAGAUCUUCAUGACCGCACCGGGCGUAUGGAAGCGAAAGGUUGUGCAACGCCGAUGGUCUGGAAAGACGCACGAAGGCGAUUCUAUUGGGCAGUGCGCGCGAAGAUCGCUCGUUCUGCUGCGAUGGCGCAGCUAGCCGAAGCAAGCCCGGAUUCAUCCUCUGAAUAUCGAUCUCGUCUGUUGGAGUCCCUGGCCGGCAUCAGUGCUACGACAGACCGUCGUGUAGUCGCGGAGACCCUUGAGGCAUUAGAUUUAACGGCUACCAUUGCACAGCUGAAGGCUGAUCACCUGAUGCGGAGGAUGUUGGCACUCGCACACAUAGAUCGCAAAGCCACGUUGGACGCUUUGGUCCGGCUAGUUGAUAAUCUCGCUGAUGACGAGAAGACGAGUCUCGUCAAUGUGCUGCAGAGUUCCAGUCGCUCUCCAGGUCCACCAUCCUACUCAAAUGUCGCCGCUUGA